AGGGAGUUGUUUCAGCGGGAUGACGUAAUACCUCAGUACGUACGCAGCGUGCCCCUGUUCAGUUGACUGGGAAACCCCGAGCGCGAAGCUGCCAACGCCCGGCGGAGCAACUCACCUAAGUCCCACGAUCUUGGAUGAGUAGUGCAGACUGUAAAACACAGCUAUGCAGACCAUCAAAUGUGUUGUCGUUGGAGAUGGAGCCGUGGGUAAAACCUGCCUGCUCAUCUCCUACACGACAAACAAGUUUCCCUCUGAAUACGUACCCACGGUGUUUGAUAACUACGCUGUAACGGUCAUGAUCGGAGGGGAGCCCUACACCCUGGGCUUGUUUGAUACAGCAGGUCAGGAGGACUACGACAGGUUACGUCCUCUGAGUUAUCCCCAGACAGAUGUGUUCCUGGUCUGUUUCUCAGUCGUGUCCCCGUCCUCCUUUGAAAAUGUCAAAGAGAAGUGGGUCCCAGAGAUCACCCACCACUGUCCAAAGACACCCUUCCUCCUAGUCGGGACCCAGAUUGACCUGCGGGACGACCCGUCCACUAUAGAGAAGCUGGCCAAGAACAAGCAGAAGCCCAUCACACCAGAGAUGGCCGAGAAGCUGGCUAGAGACCUCAAGGCUGUCAAAUACGUUGAGUGCUCAGCCCUCACACAGAAAGGCCUGAAGAAUGUGUUUGAUGAGGCCAUAUUGGCAGCACUGGAGCCCCCAGAGCCCAAGAAGAAACGUAAAUGUGUGCUGCUAUGAGGGGUUGCCGCCUUUUCACAGCACACACACACACACACACACACACACACACACACACACACACACACACACGCACCUGUUCUCCUUUCUCUGCUAAGGCUAGCUGACCACACUGACCUCCACAGUCGAGACUAGACAGACGUGGUCGACCAAGUUUCAGAUAGUAUCAUCAGUAAUACGCUUCAGCCGUCUGUGGGCUUGGACUCCUCCCACCAGCAGGCCCAGUAGGAACAUCCUGAUCCAGCUGGAACCGACCCGAUGGCAUCGGCCUAAUGCUCAGCUGUGUAGUUGUUUGGACCCCCCCCCCCCCCGCGCUUCUGUUCUCUGAGCACACUCAACACCACCGUUAGGUUUGUGUGGUGUCGUGGUGUAUUUGCCAACAUCCCUGUCUACCUGGACCGCAGACGAGUUGAGUGCACGUAGGUGAGUUCAGACAGGAUGGUCCAGUCUGGUGGGGGACGCCCCACUGAUCCGGUUACCAGCAGGCUGUCCUCGUCUCCUGGUCUGGGAGGCACUGGUGGCUCUGCUGGUCUACCCAUCUGCCUUUUGAUGCAGGGAACUUAAACAGUGUUAGUAGAACAAGUGGUGUGGUCUCCAUGGUUACCGGGACCAAGGAUGGUGAACGCUGACAUCACCCUCCAUGCUGAGCAGACACAGACUGGGGGGGGUGUAGCGGAGCCUUGGUCUCUGGUCUAAAUGAUGAGUUUAACAGAUGUAAUUAUAAUGUUGAUGUAGGCUCCAGAUGUUUUUACCAUUUCCUUUGUUUUUGUUUGUGUUUUUUAUUAUAUAUAAAAUAUAUAAAUAUAUAAAAGUUUUCUUUCACACUUUCACAUGUAGGGGCUGAAACUCACCUGAGCUCUGACCUGCUAGUUCAAACCAAACAUCUGUAUGACUACUGGUGGAUCAGAGUUGGGUCGGCAUCAGGCCAAAGUCCGUAGAGUUAUUAUUACCUGUUGUUUUGGUGCAGAACCAAAUACUUUGUCUAAAGUCUUUGUAUUCAUUCUUUUCAGAAAUAUUAAACUAAUACCUUAAUUGCCUUUGAAA